UAUUUUAUGAUAAAAUUUGAAAUAUUAAAUAAAAAAAUCAAUUCAAGAAUUUUUUGUUUAGGUCAUCAAUAUAUCAUCUACAUACCCCACCCCCACUCUCUUCAAAUAAUUGAAGGAAUGAUUUUUUUUAAAUCAUUUGAUACGUGUUAUUUAUAUUGAGUUUAAACUUGCGUUAAAAAAGUCUUACAUUGAGAAGUAAAACAAUCUCUAAUGAAAAUAAUACUGUAUCUAGAGAAAUCUAAAUUCGAGAAAUUUGAUUAAAAAUUUAAGAUGUUCUAUCACUUUACCAUGAUCCCUCGUUACCAGAUGAAGGAAUGAUUCAAUCUUCCAUUAUUUCAUAGCCCCCCCCCCUCUUCUUCCCUCUCCCCUAUAUACACACCAUUAAAACAACCUCAAAUUUCUAUUUUCCACUAGUACACACAUAUCAAGAUUCAACACAAAUGUCUUCAUCGAAAUUUGAACCAAAUGAUGACAUACUUGAUUUUGUAAUCAAGAAAGCAAAUGGACUAAAAGGUCUAGUAGACACAAACCUUGAAGUUAUACCAAAUCAAUGCAUUCAACCAAAAGAACAAAGACUAGACAAAUCUCAAAUUGAUAAUCAAGAAUCAAUUCCCACAAUUGAUUUAUCAAAUUUUGAUGAUUUAAGUGUUGAAAAAUCGAUUCAAGAAGCAGCAAGCAAGUGGGGUUUCUUUCAAAUCAUCAAUCAUGGCAUCCCAAUCGAAGUUCUUGAUGAUUUAAAGAAAGCAGGACACAAGUUCUUUGAAUUGCCAGCUGAAGAAAAAGUUAAGUAUAGUACAGAAAGCUAUAGCGCUGGUGAAUCUGUGUUGAUGUUUUGGAGUGCUAUUGGUGAGAAAGAUGAGAAAGUCUUGGAGUGGAGGGAUACUAUAAGACAUGGAUGUAAUCCACAAAAUGAUAGCAAUCUUUGGCCUUCUCAAACAAGGAACCAAGUCUUGGAGUAUAAAAAGUGGGCUACACCACUUGCUAAAAAAUUGCUUGAGGUGUUAUUGAAGGGUCUCAAUGUCAAUGAAAUUGAUGAAUCAUUAGAACCUCUCUUGAUGGGAACUAAGGCUAUCAACAUAAACUACUAUCCACCAUGCCCAAAUCCAAGUAUCGCCAUUGGUAUUCGUCGACACUGCGAUGUGUCCUGCAUCACUCUGCUCCUCCAGGACGACACAGGAGGCCUAUAUGUCCGAGGGACUAAAGGCGAUAACUGGAUCCACGUAAGUCCUAUCAAAGGUGCCUUAGCGGUUAACAUAGGUAACUCAUUGCAAAUCAUGAGCAACGAUCGAUACAAAAGUAUCGAGCAUUGUGUAUCAGUUGAUUCUAGCAGGGGUCGAAUAUCUGUACCGCUAUUUUUUAAUCCCAGUCCUGACAGUGUCAUCGGUCCAUUCCCACAAAUAGUAAAAGAUGGAGAAAAACUGUACAAACAUGUUUUGUACUCUGAUUAUUGGGAUCAUUACUUCAGUAAGAGGCCUUCUGGUAAAGCAUCACUAGAUUUUGCUAAAAUUUGACGUUUUAAUCUACAAAUUUCUUGUUAUUUAAAUCUUAUUAUAUUUUCAAAUUUGUUAUUAUGUAAUGACAAAUAGUGUAUGUUUACAUAAUAUUCGAGUUGGUAUAAUUAUGUCGUUA